GAGCGGAGCGGCUGUGGGUGCGGGCGGCGGCGUCGUCAGUCCGCUGCUGCUGCUGCUGCACCCAAAGCAACCACCACCACCACCACCACACACACACAACAACCACAACCACAACAACCACCACCACAACAACAACAACCACCACACUACUACAAGCAGUGCAAGCAGUACAGCCAGCGGAGCGCUCGGGGUCGGGGGGGGGGGCCCUGGCAAUGCGGACGGCGCGGAAAGUUUGUCGGUGAGGACGGGGAGAGCGAAGAGGAGGUGGAGGAGGUGGAGGAAGAAUAGGUUUGGGAAAACAAUAAUCAGAAGCUGAUGUGCUGGAGAAAAGAAGAGGGGCAGUGGUAGCACGACGCAAGAGGUGACCAUGAGUAUUACGUAUGACUCCGGAGGGGGCAUUGGAGGAAACAGGAUUAAUAGACUGGAGCGAGAGGAAUGCACCCUACGAAUCUACCCUGGCGUCAUCUCAGAAGACACCAUCUACUGCCCCGUGCUGGCGCAGCGUGGGACCACGGCGGCCGAGGUGAUCCAAACUCUAAUCGAGAAGCUGCACUUGGAGCGGGGAACCUGCUACGUCCUGGCUGAGGUGAAGGAGUCGGGCGGCGAGGAAUGGAUCCUGAAUCCCACGGACUGCCCCGCGCAGCGCAUGCUGCUGUGGCCGCGCAGGGCGCUGGACGAGCAGUGUCAGCCGAUGAAGUCGCGCGAGGACUACCGCUUCCUGCUGCGCGAAAAGAACAUGGAUGGCUCCAUCCGUUACGAGGGUCCCCUGGACUCGUGGAUGAAGGUGACGGAGGAGCGGCGGCGCAUGGUGGAGCGCGGGUUUCUGCCGCAGCCCCUGCAGCAGGACUACGACGACCUGUGCCGCCUGCCAGACCUCAACGAGCGCACACUGCUCGACAACCUGCGCGUGCGCUUCAAGCAGGAGAAAAUCUACACGUACGUCGGCACCAUUCUCAUCGCGGUGAACCCCUUCAAGUUUCUGCCGAUCUACAACCCGAAAUACGUACAGCUCUACGACAACCACGAGUUGGGUAAGCAGGAGCCGCACAUCUUCGCCGUGGCCGACACGACCUACCACGCGAUGCUGCGCCAGAAAACCAACCAGUGCAUCGUCAUCUCGGGCGAGAGCGGCUCCGGAAAAACGCAGAGCACCAACUUCCUCAUCCACCACCUCACGGCGCUCAGCCAGAAAGGAUACGCCAGCGGUGUGGAGCAGACCAUCCUCGGAGCAGGACCUGUGCUUGAGGCGUUUGGAAAUGCCAAGACGGCUCACAAUAACAACUCCAGCCGAUUUGGCAAGUUCAUACAAGUGAACUACUGGGAAAACGGCAUCGUGCGUGGCGCUGUUGUUGAGAAGUACUUGCUGGAAAAAUCUAGGCUCGUUUCCCAAGAGACAAAAGAGAGGAACUACCAUGUCUUCUACUAUCUACUUGCUGGCGCAACUCAAGAGGAGCAAGAAGAGUUCCAACUCAAACAGCCAGAGGAGUACCAAUACCUGAACCAGGUUGGUAAGAAACCUCAGCAACGGGAGAGUUAUUACAAUGAUGACACGCCUGACGGCUGCUUCACGGAAGGGGAGGACCUCAAGCAUGAUUUCAAGAGGUUGCAGCUGGCCAUGGAGAUGGUGGGGUUUCUGCCUGCUACGAGAAAAAGGAUUUUUAUGCUGCUCUCUGCCAUCCUGCACCUGGGAAACAUCUCGUACAAGAAGAAGCCCUACAGGGAUGAGGCCGUGGAGGUUGCCACGCCAGAUGUUUUAUCCAUCCUCUCCAACCUGCUCCAGGUCAAGGAAGAGAUGCUGACCGAGGCACUGACGACCAGGAAGACGAUGACUGCGGGCGAGAAGCUCAUCCUGCCGUACAAACUGACUGAGGCGGUGACGGCUCGGGACUCGAUGGCCAAGUCGCUGUACAGUGCGCUUUUUGACUGGAUCGUCCUCCGCAUUAACCAUGCCCUGCUCUACAAAAUGGAGCGCAGUGACCACGUCAAGGGUCUUUCCAUCGGGGUGCUGGACAUUUUCGGGUUUGAAGACUUUGAAAACAACAGCUUUGAGCAGUUCUGCAUCAAUUAUGCCAAUGAAUGUCUUCAGUAUUACUUCAAUCAACAUGUAUUCAAGAUUGAGCAGGAGGAAUACCAGAAGGAGGGCAUUCUCUGGAACACCAUUGAUUACACCGACAACCUCGGCUGCAUCAACCUCAUCAGCAAGAAACCCACAGGACUGCUCCACCUGCUGGACGAGGAAUGCAACUUUCCCCAGGCCACGAACGAGACGCUGCUGGCCAAGUUCCGCAGGCAGCACGAUGGCAACAAGUACUACGAGAGCACCGCCGUGAUGGAGCCCGCCUUCAUCAUCAAGCAUUACGCUGGCCGCGUCAAGUACUGCAUCAAGGACUUCCGCGAGAAGAACACGGACCACAUGCGGCCGGACAUCGUGGCUUUGCUUCGGAGCAGCGAGAGUGCGUUCGUGCGCAGCCUCAUCAGCAUCGACCCCGUGGCCGUGUUCCGCUGGGCAGUGCUGCGCGCCUUCUUCCGAGCUGCCUGGGCCUUGCGUGCCCUGGGCAAGAACGCCACGGAGAGCAGCAAGCCAGGUGAUACUGGUGGUGUGUCCCCGCGUGCACAGAGCACUCUGGCUAGAUUUAGCUUGCUCCACCACCCCGUGCACCAGCGGAGCUUAGAAAUGCUGCAGAGGUUCAAGGAGGACACUGACAGUAUGAAACGAAACUCUCGCAUCCUCCUCGCAGACAUUCGUAGAGGGAGCUCUGGGGACAAACCUCACCGUUUCUUCAAUAGUGUGGAUCAGUGUCAAGAGGCAAUGCAGAAGACACAUGAGACUAAUGGUGCUGCUGGUGAUGGUGGUGUGGGGAGGCCUGGGGCUGGGCUUAGAGGAUGCGCUUCUUGGCGGGCUGGUUCCGAAGACGCUGAACUCUUUGGCUUCCCUGCACACAGCAAACUAUUGGAGAGGGUUUCUGGAAUCCUCACCAAAGGCAAGAAUGUAAAGUCCAGACAGAGCAUACCGAAGCAUCUGCUGGACGUGAAUUCCCUGAAGCACAUCGUCAACCUGACGCUGCACGACCGCACCACCAAGUCCCUGCUGCACCUCAACAAGAAGAAGAAACCUCCGAGCAUCAGCGCACAGUUCCAGACGUCCCUCAACAAGCUGAUGGAGACGCUCGACCAUGCGGAUCCGUUCUUCAUCAGGUGCAUCCGCUCCAACGCCGACAAGAUGCCUCUGAGGUUUGAUGAGAAGGUGGUGCUCAGGCAGCUGAGAUACACGGGCAUGCUUGAAACUGUGCGCAUCCGGCAAGCCGGGUACAGCGUCCGCUACAGCUUCAAGCAAUUUGCACAGGUUUUCUACGUGCUCAUGCCUCAUAACUCUGGGGAAAGCAAGGAGGACAUCACCAACUUCCUCAACACGAUGAGGCUGAACCCCGGCAAUUUCCAAAUCGGCCACGCGAAGGUGUUCAUGAAGGAGAGCGAGCGACAGAUCCUGGCGGCGGCGCUGCACACGGCGGUGCUGAGCCGCAUCACGCUCAUCCAAGGCUGGUUCCGUGCCGCGCUAGAGCGCCGGCGGUUCCUGCGCGCCCGCCAAGCGGCAAGCACCAUCCAGUCUUGUUGGCGGAGGUACAGGUUGUGCUGGAGGAUUGUCCGCUUGCAGGCAGCAUGUCGUGGAUUUGUGGCCCGGAAAAGAUAUAAAAUGCUCCUUGAACAAAACAAAAAGGAGGACAUCAAGAGGCAACAUAAUACCGAUAGGGUGAAAGCCAGACAGGAAAAGUGGACCAAGCGAUUGGAGACCAGAAAUGCUCAAACAGAAGACGAUCGCAAGCAUUUGGAGAAGACCCUAGGUACGACUACGCCAGAAGACGAAGGUCGCUUGUUUGCCAAGGGAGGGAGUCCAACAGAACUCAUGGACAAAGUUGUCGACCCUUCGAGGGACGAUUUACUCAGGGCCAGUUCCUCGAGCAGCAUUGAAGACGAGAACGUCGGGGAGUCCAAGACCGCCGUGUCGAUGCGCGAUCGCCCAAAGUCACUGCCUUUGGAAAAGCAGUCUCAGGUGAGGGCCAAGAGGCUGAGCCGCCGCCAGCGUGAGCUUGAGCAGGCCGACUACUCCCUGGGGUAUGCACGGCAGCGUUCCGGAGACACCUUGCCCAGCGUGACGCCGACGUCCGAAGGUGAAACGUUCCCUACGUCCGACAUUCCAACUCCAACUUCUCCACCUUCGGCUUCGAAACGUAGUGCCAGCAGCGGUCAACUCAGCCCGAGCAGGGUUUUGAGCAGAGCUGGCUUCCGGAAAGAUGUGGACGCCAUUGUUCCUGAGCAGAAAGCUGGGGAAGUUGCCGUGAGAGGAAUGUCAGCAGCUUCGAGUCCAGUCACUCCUUCAAAAUUGGUCCUCGGCACACCGGACUCGGAAAGUUCUUCCAAGUUUGACAUUACGGAACAGUCCAUUGGCCAGGCAGAAAAGACAUCCAGUCCAACACCUUAUGAAGAGCAAAGAGAUAUCGGUAAGCAGAGCACACGCUCGCCGACAAGCGCUCUCUCAAGGAUCAAACAAGAUGGUCAUAAAGAAGGGCUCAAAAUGGAGACACCUUCCACUGCAGAUGCCCCCAAAGCUCCAGUGUCUGCAGACACGAGUGUAAGAAGCCCCGAAGACAAAGUCUUUGAUGAGGGGCGGCCGACGACCAAUCUGCUACAGAAAUUGGAGGAGCGGAACCGAGCAAUGCAGGGGAAACAGCAGAAGAGGCAGCAGGACAAAGAUGAGCAUCAGAUGAUGACUCUGAUACGCCAGCAACGAGAAGCCCUCAAGAGCGAGCGUCUCGAUCUGGAGCGGCGCGGUGAGAUGAUGGUUCGCCAGCAAGGACAGAGGUUCCGCCCCAAGCUCGAGAAGAGCAAUUCGCAGCAGACCUUCGACGACGGAUUCUUUUACCAGGGAAAACCUGCUCCUAUCUCUCCCCCCGGACCUUUGGAAAAAUUGCUGGCCGGCGGCAGCAUGGGCCAGCGCAGUGUCUCCGGUUCUCUCCUGCCUCUCGUGCCAACGGACAGCUUGCUGUCGUCGGAAGGGGGCGAUUACUCCCAGCCGCUCCUCACGCCCGGCAGCUGUGGGAUCCAGCGGUCGCACAGCGCCCGCGUCAGCGGCAGCUUCGAGAGCCGCACGUUGCCCAGCGGCAACCUGCGACGCGUGUACAACUACAACACGGACCACCCCGAUCGAUUGCGCGAGAAGGCGCAGCGCUGGAGGCAGGAAAAUCAGCAGCUGUCGCCCAGGCGAGUGGGGGAGGGCGCAGUGCUCAUGGAGUCAUUGGACAGCGGAGUGGCUGAGGAUGUGGACCCGUCAGAGGGAUCCCGGGAAAGCAGCUUGGAAGGCCGUGCCGAGGCGGAGAGACAAAGGGAAUCUCGCGACACCCUCUCGCCACCAACGUCCCCCGAGGUUGGCAAUAAGAGCGAUGAGGAUAGGAAGGCUGGCGCUAACCAGCGCAAGCGUCGCCUCGCGUACACGCGCUCAGACUUUCUAGUGCGGCAGUCAGCGGAGGCCGCCAGCGACGAAGAUGAGCCCAUCUCACCCGCGAGCCCCGCGCAGCUCCCUCAUAAGGCCCUUUCCUUACAGGACAGGGGUGCUGAGCUCACGGCAGUGGCCAUGCGGGAGAAGACCACGGCUCCAGAAAGCAACAAGCGCCCGGGGUGGGGUCUGCCGGUGGAGUGGGAUGAGCGCUUUGCCCGGGCUGGGGAAGGGGCAGUGCAGUUACCCUGGCCUCCUGAUGAUGCCACGACUCAGCCCGCAUCUCUGACAUCAUCCACCGCAGUCCCCAAGCCCCCCUCUGCUCAGGACAAAGUGAGCCCAGUGCGAACCAAGCGGUGGGGAUUUGGGCAGAAGAUGAAAGUGGAGAAGGUUUCUAAAGAAAGCCUUUUGCAAGCGACGGAGCAGGAGGAGGCGCCACGGCGAGACGUCCAGUCACGGGAAUUCCACUCCAUGGAAUCCACCAUGGGCAGCAGACAAGAAUGGCAUGAGCACGGUGGUGCCAAGUCGGAGGAUUUAACAAAAUCCACGGCGGAGCAGAGGCCGCCGCAGCCUCCUGCCCCCACUCCUCCUGUGCAGCCGAAGGUGCAACGAAGGAAAAGCAUCAAGAUCAGCAACCUACUCAGCUCAUCCGCGCAGAGCAAACACUCAGAUGCACAGGUCAUCUCGUCACACGACAACCUCAAGCAGAUGAUCGGUUUCCUCCAGGGCAAGAUUAAUGAUCUCCUACCUGAUGAUGGCAAAAACAUCGAUGGAAUUUUCAAGGAGGCUUUGAAGGAGUUCCGUAAGAAUCUUGAACAGACCAACACGCGGGUGACCUUUUACAAUGAAGAUAUCUGCAUGCGGCACAAAGACCUCAUCAGCAACUUUGAGCAAGUUCUGGACAAGACGGUGCGGCAAAGACCGUACGUCACGGACAAAAUGCAAAUCAACAACGUGUGCAUCAACCUAUUCAGUGGGUUCAUGGUGCAGUUCAUGGGCAAGUGCCAGGCCCUGGACGACUCCAAUGUCACUAAGGCUCCCAAGAACGAAAGGAAAAAGAAAAGGAAGAAAGAAUCUGACGGCGUGGUGGAGCAUAACGGCCAUCAAUUCCGUACGGUGCAGUUCAACAUCCCAUCGUUCUGCGAGGCGUGCGCUACUCGCAUUUGGAUCAUGGAUCGUGGAUACGUCUGCCGAGCUUGCAAGUUUGCGUGCCACAAGAAAUGCUACUCAUCAACAACCAGGAGGUGUACGGGAUAUUACAACGCAAACAAAAAGGCCGGUGGGGACAUGAUAGGAAAGCAGUUUGCCGUUGACCUGUUCCGGUUGACCGGCCCUGAUCGGAGCGUGCCUUUCCUGCUGGAGAAGCUGCUCAACUACAUCGAAAUCCACGGCCUUUACACAGAGGGCAUCUACCGCAAGUCAGGCGCCAACACCAAGGUCAAGGAGCUGCGUCAGCAACUUGACAAUGACGUGAACAGCGUGAACCUGGAUGACUACCAGGUGCACGUCAUCGGCAGUGUGCUCAAGCAGUGGCUGCGGGAGUUGCCCGUGCCUCUCAUGACCUUUGACCUCUACGAUGAAUUCCUCCGUGCCGUCAGCGUGCAAGAGAAGAAGGAGAAAAUCAAAGCGGUUUACUCCAUAAUUGGACAAUUGCCAAGCGUCAACUACAGCACUCUGGAGAGGAUCAUCUUCCACCUCGUCAGGAUCGCCCAGUACGAGGAUACAAACCGGAUGUCGUGCAACGCCUUGGCCAUCGUCUUCGCGCCAUGCAUUCUGCGGCCGCCCGACACGACGGACCCCCUGCAGAGCAUGAGGGACAUUGGCCAGACCACCCACUGCGUGGAGCUGCUGGUGGAGGAGCAGAUGAGGAAGUUCAAGACGCGCUUCGCUGACAUCAGCACCCUCGAGAGCGUGGAGAACAGCGCCAACCAGCGCCUCUCUCUCAUCCGACGCUCCAUGGGCAAAGGGAGGUACCGGCAAAGCCGGAUGCGUGCAGGGCUCAAGGACGCCGCAACCGGCACGGCCCAGCCCGGUGGCACGGCCGGCGGCACGAGCGUCGGCGACAAGAUAGCGGAGGAGGGCGAGAGUGACUGUGCCACGGAGGCAAGCGAGACCAACGAUUUGGACGAGUCGACCAUGGAGGAGGAGGAGCAGCUGCUGUCUCAAGAGAAGGAGACCAUCAAGGAGCGAUUGUCUGAGCUGCGCAACACGAUGAUCUCGCUGGAGCGCAGCGCGUCGGACGACGAUGCUCUGGACAGCUCCUCACGUGACACCAUCGACGGGACCGACGAACCCAGCAAGCGUGACCACGGGCACGCCGAGUUUCACUGGACGAACAUGUUCAGGAGAAAGAAGCGCCUGAACAAGGGUUCCAUGCGGCAGGAGAGCACGGACUCGGCGACUACGUCCGACGGCGAGUCUCUGUCGGGCCGCUUGCACCCGAGCGUCGCGGAGUACCGGGCGCAUGGCGUGGACGGGGAAGGCCGCCGCAUCGCUACCUUCGCGCCGGGCGGCAGCGGCGACGCCACGGAGGGACGCUUCCCUGGCUCCAAGCCUGCGGCCGCCGUGGCCGUGACUUUGCGGCAGCCUCCGAGCAAGCACGUGACGCGAUCCACGUUCCAGCCGCCCGAUCCCAAGCUCAACGGAAGGAAGUAAACGCUUGUGGAGGCCGAGAUGCGGUGCGUUGGCCUGCAGCGAGCGAGGCUUGGCCAAGAGUAUAUAUGGUGCCUCGACAAAGUGAAGUAGAGCAAAGCGUGCAUAAUCGUAGAGACCGUGCCAUGGAGAAAAACCCCCCAAUGGGUGUGUGGGGAAGUCAGAAGAGAAGACAGUGGAGCCCGUGGGAUCACGAUGCAAAAAGCGCAAUCCUGUCAGUGGGACUUGUCGUGUGCACACGUCCAAGAUUGUGCAUGCGCGCGUGCGUCAGUCGGUUAGGAAGGUUGGAGUUAGCAUUAUUUGCUAUUUGAGAACCAGGUUUUACACGAUGAAAGUCCACUUCUUUACAUUGUCACGUAGAGUUAAAAACAUCCGAGUAAAUAAAGGUCACGCUUGCAAGCAUGGUAUAGCCCAGGGAGGGAACUGUGUACUGCACAGUGACACUACUCUCUUGUGCACGUGUGUGGACAUUAAGAUGUCCGUAACUUAUCGCUUAUAUUUUUUUUAUUCGGCGCUCAAUUGUGUGCCUGUUGCCAAGAUGCUCUUAAUAACCAACACUCCAGAUGCAUAUGACGUUUACUUAUAUGAAGGCAGUCUGGCAAUGUGAUGUCUGUGUUUAUAUUAAAUGCACUUCAUUUAGAUGCCAGCUCCAAUUUGUUUCCCUUUGAAAAUUCCAGAAACUGAAUUUUGUGAAAAGCAUGUCAUUACAAUGCCUGAAGACUGCAAUAACGUUUCGAGUUCAUAAAAUGCAGACCAUUGACUCCUCGCGAAAGUUGAAGUGACCUAAAUUGACAUGACAGUCUUCCUAAAUUUAUGAUUCUCAAGCAGCAGAGUAUCUUGGGGUAUCAAAGUGAUAGACGGAUACCAUAGAACAAGUUAAUGCAGGAUGAUUGCCCAAUGUAAUUGUUGCUGUUGGGAAUGUUCAGCGCUCUGGUAGCUUUAAAGCCUUAAGGAUUGUACAGCCUGCAGGCCUCAGAACACCCUCGCGCAAUAACUUUAAUUUGCAGCAAUAAGGAUUUCCCCCCUCGAAGCCGAUCCGUGUAAUGCUUCCAUAGUAAAUUGAUGGGGCUUUUUGAAUUAGUAUUCCAUGUGUUUUAAUAUGAUGUUUGUGAAAUAGAUAUUGAUGUCCUGAUUAGCUCUUGACGGUCACAUUAUCUCUGCGAAAGCAACAUGUUUUUAAUUAGUAGUUGGAUUUGAUCAUUUUAUUUUAUCACACCUCUGCACUGCAGUGCGCGAUUCCCAUCCGUGUUUGCAGCUCACUGUCAAAUCUGGCGAGACCAUCUAGUUUGCAUCUUGGUGUAAAAUGGGUUCCGUCUGCUCAGCAAGAAAACGUGCUUCUUGCCACACAGGCGUUCGUUCCUCGGCAUUGACUGCAGCCUCUAAAGUAACGCCAUGGUGGCGAGAUGGUAACUCCCUCGCCUGGUAUGCAAGAGGUCGUGGAUUCGAUCCCGACCCUGACGCCUUUUAUAUUUGGAGUUUGCACGUUCUCCCUGUGGUUGCGUGGAUUUUUCUCCGGGUCCUCUGGUUUUUCCCUCCACAUUUUAAAACAUGCUUUUUAGAGUAUUUGGCUGCUGUAGAUGGCCUUAACUGGUAAAAUAAAAAUCUUUUUAGUAACGGCAAAGCACGAACCAAUGGCAUGUGCAUCGUGUUCACGGUCUAACUGUGCCUCUUGGACCACAUGGGCCCCAUUCACUCAAUCUCAGGCUGACUUUUGACUUCUGCAGUACAUGUGAGCACAGCAGCAGUGGACGUGCAUGUGUGUGUGUGUCUACAUUAGUUUGGUGGAGACGAGUUCAGGGAAAUGAGUCUCUGCAGCGGUCUCAUUGCUGCACAACUUUGUCUGACCCUUGGUCAAGCCUAAGCCUUACCUACUGAUUGGUCACACGGUUAUUUUACAAAAUGUUUUCUUAUCUAUAUAAAAGAAGCUUGGGUCUAUGCAGAAAGUAAUAAAAGCAUCACUUGCCACAAGUAAACUGAUUUAUCCUGAAUAACAUUGGGAUCGAUGUGUUUUCCUUAGAUGGAAAUGUUAUGUCCAGGUGAGGGAACUGACAUUUUCGUCACACUAAUGACAUUUGUAGCAUUGUACGAUGACUUGUGGCCGGUUGUCAUCUGGCGAUUCUGUAUUAGGCUUGAACAAAGCUUGUGAGAUAAUUUCCCGAGGAGUCGAUCGCAGUGCCCUUUGUUUUCGUUGCUAGUGUGCACACUCACCUCUGUUCCACACAUUGUGCGUCCUUUCAAAAUUGUCGCAAUAUUUGUUACUCGGAGAAUUUCCCAUUGGCUACCCAGACAGCCCAAACGCCAAGGGUGAGCAGCCGUUUGGCUCCAGUGACCCCGAUACGAGGACACCGAGAAUCGGACAUUUGCAUUCCUUUGACAAGUGAAACUAUGGUGUAGAACAAAUGUUUAUAAUGUGAAAUACACAACAACAUUAUACACGCUCAUUUGAUAAAUCUUCUCAUCGUACAUAAGUUAUGUUUAGGUCACGGUUUUGGCACGGGAUUUUUGGUUUAAAAAAAAUAUCUAUGAAUAUGUACAUGUCAUGUUUUGUCUGUGUAAAGAAAUGUACAAAUAUUUACACUCCAUUAGUCUUCUCGAGUGUGUGUGUGCUCGGACACUGCAGUAGCUUAACGUAAACGGUUAUUAUUUAAAUAGGAGACGUAUGCAUAGAUUCGAUUGCGUUCAUUCCACGCAAGAUGUAUGUUGACAUGGCACGUGGUGGCCAAUGCUGCACGCGUGCAAUCAUAAUAAGCACGUGUCUGCCAAGCGUGACGCGACGUGACGCGUUCAGCUUGGAGCAGAUCCACACCCGUGUUACGCGUUGCUUUUCAUACUGCCUGCUGAAGUUGACUGGCGGCAUUUCGUGCAGCCGCUUGGGUUUAUUUCACUGCGAGCGUUGAGCACGGCCAUAAUGUCACUGCCAUGGGAUGCUUAACAUCUUGUGCGGUCAUCUGUAUGCAAUGGUGCAAGUGGAGAAAACUGAAAUGCAUUGCAUUCUCAUUCGUUUUUAAGGAACAUAGCUUCUCACCUGUAAUCUAACACUGUGCCCGGCGUUAACGCAAAUGUAAAGAUGAGAAUACUGUUACAACUACUGGAUGAGCAGAGUUGAUGCGGGGUGAAGUUGCUGGUUUCUUCUUGAUCGGAGGACGUUCUGAGAAGUUGGCCUCUUUGCAUAAGUUUACUUCCAGUGGCCAAAUGGUGAGGUCACAUUUUAUAUGUUGUAUUGCUCUUGCCCGCAUAGUUUAUGAACAAGUCACAUGGCCAUCGUGCUGGCUGAGGAGGCCCAAUAGACCUAUUGGCUCUGUAAUAAACUUUUGAGGUGCCUAACCCAAGCCAAGGAUUUUGCCUUUCUUGGGCUAAGUCGGGAGGGGGUGGGAGAGCAUUAUAUUCAUCUUGGGGAAUUAAGGCCAGUAGAGGCCAUUCAACAAAAGAACAUGGGGGACUUGUAGACUGAUGAAAGGGUGAGGGGGGGGCUUCACAGAAGCAGGGUGGUCCGUCUCGCAAAGGAAAUCUGAUGAGUUCAUAAUAGCGACUGGAACCCAUUUGUCAAGACAACACGCUGGAGGAACCCUCACUUAAGGCUGUGUUUACCCGCGGCAAAAGCCUGCCCUCUGCAUCUGGCACGUCAGCCAACACGUGAUGGAAAAAUCUGUCUUUUUGACAAAGCCCAUAAGUCGUGGUGUUUUAUUGCUAACUAUAAACUACAUUUACACACGUGCAUUUCCCGCAAUCGCGCAACGGCAGAAAACAAGUGAUUUGCAUUUGAGAUAGUAAACGGUGUGUUUGUUGGCGACCUUUUACUGUAAAAUUCUACUCCGAGGCAAUUUGAGAUUGCCUCGGAGUAGAAAUAUGAAUCAUUUGUUCCAUUUUGACGGGUGGUGCUUUUGAAUACGACCAUUGCGACUGUCUUUUGUAUUAGCCUUCGGAAAUAUGCACAUAACUGCCCAAUAAUUUAUCCAAACCUUGUCAAAUGAUGAGCAGACUGUACUGUUGAAAUAAGUUGAGAAAAUUUGACUUCUGAUGUGUGAAGGUUUUGAGCGCAAGUUGCGGCCAAUUAGUUACCUAAGACCUGAUAAACAUUUAUGUGCAUAGGAAAUGUUAACCAAUCAAAAGCGAAAACAAAUUUACUUAAUAACUUUAAAUAUUGUAAUUGAUUCAUAAUUUAACGAAAUAAAGUCCCAGAGAUGUUAAUUUACCUCUUCAAAUGGAAUCGGCCAUGUAGGGACUUCGCUUAUACAUAUUGAUUGCAGAUACUUCAUUUCGAUUUGAGUUAUGACAACUCAUGUGAAUUUAACAACCUCAUGAACGACGCAAUUUGUAAAGGCUGUGACAAAGUUGGUAAUUCCACGUCGGUAUUUUAGCCAGGGCAUAUUAAUUUACCCCAUGUAGUCAAUUGAGUGGCCAGCACAGUAACCAAAAGGUAAUCCAUCUGCCUGUCUUUAUUAUCCGUGAUGAACAAUUUGACUAUUUAAUUUUUUUAAUCCUAUCAAUGUUACUGAACGUGAUCAUUCUUAAUAAACCAAUUCGUAUUUUUAUUAAGGCUGUUUGAUCAGCCCUUAGGGAAAUUCUUAAAAUCGAUGUUUACAGUCACGCUUUAGGGGUCAUUAAACACGACUGGAUAAAUCACACGCACACUGCAAACUGUUGAAACGAAUGAGUUCGCAGUGGUGAUACUUACUUUGAACGCUGGUUAAAUUUGCUGGGCACAGAGUUUGCCUUUGUUUCAGUGUGGUGACAUCGCACUGUGAGCUUUUUGAAGCAUUAGCAUGAAUUAUAACUGCAUUUUUUUUUUUACAAAUUGCUGGAAUGGUUAUGCUGGAAUAUAAAUAAAUUGUAUAUGUAAAUAUUCUUGCUUAACUAAUGUAAAAAAAACCUGCAUCUUGUCAUACCGGAUUUAUAAAUUACAUAUUCUUGGUGUGUGUUUUUUGACACGAGUAUGGACUAAACCACUAGACGUUUGAUUAUCCAUACUCGGCUUUAAUCACUUGGCGUUGCUGGACAUGUAAUUUAAGCAAAAACAAGAUGUGACAUUUGUUGAGAAGAUUGUCUCUAUAGGUGGUUAUGCUGGAACACGUGUAACUCACUGUUGCUGGAAAACAGAAUCGCUCGCGUUGUUGCAAAUGUGCCCAUGCCGAGAUUUCUAGGGGCUGAAUUCUAAACCACUUGGGCGCGCCUUUCAGUCCCACAUUGUUGCGUGCCCAUACGCUGCAUGGUAAGCAAUCGUGACCGCAUACGCGAACGUUUCAUAAUCUCGUCAUGACGAUGUUAUUGAGCAUUCCCACAAGUGAUUGGCAAUGGUCCAACCGGAAUUGAGUUCCAUUUCAAAUUAAACGACCACCCAACAGAAACGAAAGGUGAAAACCUUACGAUCGUGGGAUUCCUUUUGGUGAAAUGUAUAUUUUAGUCUACAUUGUCAUAUGUUGGCGCUACCUAUUUUUGAGCUAUAGUUGCAAUGUAGAAUUUAGUGGUUAGUGAUCGUUAACAAAAAAAGACGAUGCAUAAAUUUGACUAAUUUAAGAAAGUAGGACCUUGGAUAGAUUGUGGUUUCACUUUCAAAUAAAUCACGUUUUUUUACUUUCAUUCUAUAUCCAAUUGUUUAUCGUUUUGACGUAUGAACUUACAAGAUAAAUGAGUUUGAAAACAAUCUUCUGGGCAUAGCUGUGUAUACUUAACAAUAGGACUGUCAUUGCACUCCUGGUGGGGUUAUUUGCUGAAGUUGUUUCAGAGUUUGUGUACACACACACAGCACGUGCACCCCCCGAGAUGAAAGGGGUCAUUUGUUAACCAGGUGCUUGAUUUGUUCCCAAAAGGACACGUAAGCCUUGUUAAUGGCGCUCUGUAGGGGUACCAUUUAUCUUCCUGUGCUACGGACGGUGCAUCCGUGUCGUGGCCUGCAAACAUGGCUAGAAGGCCCAGCCUCCAUUCGUGUUUCAACGCUAUUUUGCGUGCAGCUUUAUACUAUGACCACUCCUUCGCUCUCACUCCAUGUAUCACAAGUCUCCAACACGCACUUGCUUGCAUUCACGCAACUUCGAAUGAGCCAUAAAGUGUUCAUGUUCCACGCAAAUUUAGUGAUGGUGGAGGUUGUAAACUGUUCAUAUUGUCAGUAUUUGCAACUGGUUGGAAAGGAACAUGAUUUUUUUCUUCUGUGCUUUUUAAACAUUUGCCAGAUACAAUGUAACUAUGUGCCAGUGAUACUGGAUAUCAACGGCACACACGUGUAGUAAUUAUAAAGUACCUUGCUGAAUUUAGAGUUUGUGUGUGUGUGUGCCAUGUACUCGCACUGAAUUAGACUUGGUCAUUUGGGAAUUGGGUACCUCUGUAAUGCAUUAUCACAUUGUACAUGUAUGUAAAAGUUUCUGUAUAUUGAACUUUCUAAAAGGGUUGGUCAUCUAUGUGUAUAAAGUGCAAUUUGAGAAAUAAGGUUAACACUGUUACAUGCUUUGUAAAGCUGUUUUUGAAACAAACUAUAACCUAUUAAAGUUUCUAUUCGCUA